CAGGGCAAGCUUACCAGGAAGAGGCCCCAGUUCUUCAAGGCCGACUGCAUCUUAUCAACCUCAUCAGAGCUGUUACCAGGGGCAGGCAGACAGCUGAGAUCGAUGAUUGGGAUCGGAUCGGGCAUCUCGUAACAGGCCAUGUCUGGGCGGUUUUGCUCAGGAACCACAUACUGGCUUGGUGGCUCCUGUACGCAAGUCACCAGCUCUUGCACAAUCGAGGUGGUUGGUGGCUGGUCUAUUCAUCGAUAACCAUGUGGACUGAGACGGGACUGAGACAAAGACAACUUCAUCUUGCUUACUGCAACCUCUUUCUUCAAGAGAGCACAACCACCAAGGAGAGCAAGACCAGGAUCAGCAAAGAAACAUCCAAGAACUCCAAUGGCUGAUGAGUCAUGGAGGCUGCCUAGUUCAGUGCAGCAACUGGCUGCCAGCACACAGGAGCCACCAAGGCAGUACUUGCUCAGAGAGCAAGAACCGCUUGGUGGGAACCUGGCUGGUACCGAGAUGCCGGAGCCCAUUCCAACAAUCGAUCUCGGCCUGCUGUCUGCAUCCAACGAUGCGGAGGAGGCCGCCAAGCUGCGGUCGGCGCUGCAGACCUGGGGAUUCUUCAAGGUUUCUAACCAUGGAAUGGAGACCUCUCUGAUGGAUUCUGUGAUGACCACGUCAAGGGAUUUUUUCCGCCUACCGCUCGAAGAGAAGAGAAAGUACAGUAACAUAAUAGAUGGGAAACAUUUCCAGAUGGAAGGGUAUGGAACUGACCAGGUGAAAACGCAAGACCAAAGACUGGACUGGUCCGAUCGACUGCAUCUUAAAGUGGAGCCAGAGGACGAGAGAAACCUUGCCCUUUGGCCCAUACAUCCAAAAUCUUUCAGGGAUGACCUGCAUGAGUACACAUUGAGGAGCAAGAGAAUCAAAGACGACGUCCUUCGGGCAAUGGCCAAGCUAUUGGAGCUCGAUGAAGAUUGCCUAGUUAACCAGUUUAGCGACAGGGCUCUCACUUUUGCUAGAUUCAAUUACUAUCCUCCAUGUCCAAGACCUGAUCUUGUCUUGGGCAUCAAGCCUCACUCUGAUGUCUAUGCUCUUACGGUUCUUCUAAUGGACAAAGAUGUCGCUGGGCUGCAGUUUCUCAGAGAUGGAACGUGGUACAACGUUCCAGCUGUGUCUAACUACACCUUGCUGAUCAACGUUGGUGUUACAAUGGAGAUAAUGACCAACGGGAUCUUAAAAGGGCCAGUACAUAGGGUUGUGACUAAUUCUGAGAAAGAGAGGAUCUCAGUGGCCGUGUUCUAUGGUCUGGAUCCUGAAAGAGAGAUUGGACCGAUAGCUCAGAUGUUGACUGAGGACCGACCGGCGCGAUACAGGAAAAUGAAGGUCAAGGAUUUCCUAGCCGCGCACUUUGAGCAUUUCUCUCGAGGAGAAAGAGUCGUCGAUUCGUUAAGGAUACGAUCAAGGAUUUUCAAGAGAAGGUAUUUUUGAAUGAAAUUGCUGCUCCUGUACAGUGCUAUACACUAUAGGUGUAGCAACAAGAAAUUUCCUGCUUGCGUGUUCCAGUGACCCUGAGGUGAUGAUCAUCACAUCACCUACGAGAAUGAGCACAGACCUGGGUAGUCCAAGACACAAAUGGAGAAGCCAGAGGUUGCCAAUAUUAGAAGAAAAUAGAUCAUUGACUCAAUGUCACUAAGCACGUCAUUUGGUCAUUCAUUGUUCAGAAAAUGGAAUGCAAGUGAGAAUUGUAGCAGAAAGAUGCACAUAUAGUGGCAUGCCGGUAGCAAUGCUAUUUAUGAUUUUCAAGUGGUAGUGCCAUGUUGGCAAAAGCAUCUUGGCAAUUCUUCAGUGUGGUCCAAAAAUGUCACCUUUCGUAUGCCUGACGGGAAUUCGGUGUCAUUAUCUAGGUGGCCGUGGUUACCACCUUCAGUCAAUUUUCACCAGAUUUUCAGAAAUUAGUCAUUUGAUUAGGUACCGAAACAAGUGUCUGUCUUUCGGUCCAAACAUUUCAGUCAUUUUAGUUGGCACACAUGAAUCCAAAUAAAAUUCAGAACAACUGUAGACAUUCCUGAAACUUCGGUUGGAUUAAGCCAAUCUCAAAAUUCUGAUCCUUUGUUCCAAAUGCAGAACAAAAGAAAACGAAAAGUCAAUAUUAGCGUUGUGGCUCCUGCUCACACUCCUGCUGAUUCGAAACUUCACAUCCCACUCGGAAUUCAUGCUUGCACUGAACCUGAAUCAUGCUCCCAUUUGGUUUUUGACUGUGUUGUGGCACGAUAGAUUCGGUCUCUUAUUUCUGGUGGUGUCACCAAUCCUGAGUCAUUUUAGUUUUUUGACUGUUCCGCUGGGUUCUGACUUUGAGUCGAUGGCCAGAUGGCGGAUAAGAGGAUAGUAAAAAACGGCGUCUUGAACCUGCUUUGCUCUGCAACCCUGUGG